GCAAUCGAAUAGCUUAUGAAAUAAUGGUAUGAGAAUAUGUUUAGAAGGAAUGCAUUAGCCAUUAGGCAUUGAAGGAUAACGUAAGCGGGUGUUAAGAGUGCAAGUUUAGGCAUAGCGUAAAGGUGCAUAGCUUUAUGUGCACGCUCUGAGUCUCAACUCUCAUGUGACAACGUGGAUCUCCUCUCUCUCUCUCUCAGCUCGUGAUUUUCGUUUUAGGUUUUUGUGUUUGUCAUAGAUUUGAAAUCCUCUUAUUGUGGGUUGGGCAAAAAUGCUGAAGGUACCGGAGCACCAGGUGGCGGGGCACAAGGCCAAGGACGGAGUGAUGGGCCCUCUGGUGGAUGACACGGGAAGAUUCUACAAGCCUCUCCAAAACGACGACCGCGGCUCCAGGGAGCUGUCGUUUUACUCCUCUCUCUCGUCCCACUCCCACCCAAGCAUCCCCCUGCCCUUCUUCCCCGCCUUCCACGGCACCAAAGUGGUGGAGGCCUCCGACGGCUCCGGCCCCCACCCCCACCUGGUCCUGGAGGACCUCCUCCGCGGCUACGCCAAACCCUCCGUCAUGGACGUGAAGAUCGGCUCCCGUACCUGGCACCUCGGAGACUCCGAGGACUACAUCGCUAAGUGCCUGGCGAAGGACCGAGAGUCCUCCACCAUUCCCCUUGCCUUCAGAAUCUCCGGCGUCAAGGACGCCCUCUCCGCCUGGGAGCCCCCCCGCAAGUCCCUCCAGAGCCUCUCCGCCGACGGCGCCCUUUUCAUUCUCAGGAAGUUCGUCUCCUCCAACGCCUCCGAUCCCGACUGCGCCUUCGCCUCCGAGGUUUACGCCGCCGUGCUCGAACGCCUCCUCGAGCUCAAAGCCUGGUUCGAGGUUCAGACGCUUUACCACUUCUAUUCCUGCUCUCUUCUCCUUCUCUACGACAAGGGCGAUGGGAAAAGGAAAGUGCUGGUCAAACUCGUUGAUUUUGCCCACGUGGUGCCUGGGAACGGUGCCAUCGACCACAACUUCUUGGGUGGCCUUUCUUCCUUCAUCAAGUUCCUCAAGGAUAUACUGGCACAACCCACUAUUCAUCAAUGACUCUCUUUUUUUCACUUCCAAAUUCUACAAAUAAUGUCUUUCCUGUUUUCCUAUUUUCCUAAAUCUCAACACUUCACUCAUGUAUUAAUAAUGUCUUUACAAACUUUCUGUUAUGUUCUUUAGAAAUUUUGUUUUCAAAGAGGCUGCAGAUUUGUUUUCUAAUCCAUCAUGUGGGACUUUAUCUUUUCUUUACUUUUUGUCUGACAUAGCAAAAGCAUUUGAAGCCCUCCCUUGAGAAUCACAAGGGCUUAAAUUCUAUUGUUUUCAUACCUUAGUGAUUUUAUGCUUCUGCUUGAACUAGUUCAA